UUUUCUCGUAAAAAAAUAAAAAAAAUUUCAAUUGUUACUUUUUGCACAGUCCCGCUCAUGAAAAGGACAUGCCAUCAGCUGUUUUUGGAGAUGAACUCGUAAAAACAUAAAGAGAAGGUGCUAUACACGGCGUCAUAUGACAACCGGCUCAAAUGCGGGAGAGGGGGUACGGGAGAAAUUGGAAACUGGAAAGAUGUAGUCGUUUUGUUUUGUUUGCCCGACUCGCCGUAUGUUCCUGCGCGCCAGCUCUGCGCUGUCGGCUGUAAAAUCGAGAGUGCACCUUGCCCCAGAGAGACGCGUUUAUUCGUGACAGCUUGAAACUGCUCGAGCUCCAACAGAGACGAGUGAAGUGUAGGCAACAACAAAGUUGAAAGUGGUACCUAGUACCUAACCACUUGUAUACGGACCAUUCUUGAGAGGCUGUAAAAGGGGGAAAAAAAAAAGAAGGAAUUGCUUAACGAAUUGUUACCCAGAUUUAACUUCGAUUAUUACUCUAGAAUUCUGCCAUGUCCGUCGAAGACUUCACGCCUCUCGUGGAGAAGGUCGUAGAAAGCAACGCAGAAGACCUCUGGCACCUCAGCCGUUUCUUGUGGGACAAUCCGGAGUUGGCCCUGCAAGAGUUCAAGGCGCACGACACGAUCUGUGACUUUCUCGAAGGCCGAGGCUUCGUGGUUCGAAGAAGGCAUCUCCUGGACACUGCGUUCAGGGCCGAGUUUCAGGCUCCCGGCGGAACCGAUGGACCCACGGUAGCCAUCAUGGCGGAAUACGAUGCCCUGCCGGAGAUCGGCCACGCCUGCGGCCACAACUUGAUCGCUGAGGCCGCAGCCGGGGCCGCCAUCGCUGUCAUGGAAGCCAUGAAGAAGAGCUCCACCGCCCGUGGCAAGAUUGUCGUAAUCGGCACGCCGGCAGAAGAGUGCCUAGGCGGCAAGGAGAUGCUCUUGCAAAAGGGCGCCUUCGAGGACAUCGACGUCGCCAUGAUGGUCCACCCGAUGCACCAGGACUCCCUCAGAAUUUCCCUCAACGCCUCGCAGCAGGUAACGGUGAGCUAUCAAGGCAAAGCGGCCCACGCUGCCGCGUGUCCCUGGGAAGGAGUGAACGCGCUCGACGCAGCUGUGGCAUCGUACGUUAACAUAGCGCUACUUCGACAACAGACGAAGCCUUCUUGCCGAAUACACGGUAUCAUCACCGAGUCGGGAAGCUAUUGCAACAUCAUCCCAGAGACCAGUAAGCUGGUGUACCAGAUCCGGGGGAAGACGGCCGACGAACUUAACGAGCUGAUGUCCCGAGCCGAGGACUGCUUCGAGGCAGCGGCGAAAGCAACAAACUGCACCAUGACGAUGACGAAGCAUGUCAUGUACAAGGACGUCGUCUACAACAUGAACCUGUCGAAAGUCUACAGAAAGUAUGGCCAGACCCUUGGCGUCGAAUUCACGGAUGCCGACAUGACUUGCACGGAGUCCUGCGGAGCCUCCACCGACGCCGGAAACGUCUCGUACGAGCUGCCCACCAUUCACCCCGUGUUUGCCAUCCGCGCCGAGGGCAAGAACCACACAGCCGCGUUCGCCCAGGCCGCCAACUCGCCGGAAGCCCAGCCGCCGACACUGCGCGCGGCCAAGAUUAUGGCACUCACGGCGCUCGACCUGCUUACCGAUCCGACGCUGGUGUCCGAUAUCAAGAGGGAGUUCGCCGAGUGGAAGAACCGACGGAGUUGCCGAAAACCAGCUGCUUAGGCGCCCCCGUUCCGUCACUGAGACUGUGGAGACUUGGAGGUACAAGUUAACACCACUUGACAGAUCCAGAAGCGUCUGCGUGCUCGGAGCGUCUACAGGAAUGCACAGACGCUAACACACUUCGAGGAAUGGAUCUAACCUCUUCGGAGCAUCACAUCUUAGAUUUCUAUAGCGAGACGUACCUAUCUAUCCUUCAAAAACUUAGCCUUGAGUUAUCGUUUUUAAUAAAUUGCGUUUACUGG